CCGGAAGUGGAUUUCAGCAGCAGCUUCCGGCCUGAAUGUUCUCCAAUUUGUUUUUUGAUGUUGCUUCAAAACAUUUAUCUUUCGCGCUUUAGCUAGUAUUUAGCUAGUAUUUAGCUAAAGUAUCGAUUUUAUUUUAUUGAUCAAUAAACGAGGUACACAGAAUUCCACGAGGCUAGUAAGUGAGCGUAGCUGGCUGUGAAGUUGUUUGCUAGUAGCUAGCUAACUUGUUGUUGAUGUUUCUCGAGUCAACCAUUGCCGUUUUGACUGUUGCAUAAUUAUAAAUUAGAUUGGUGUGGUAAGAUUUCGAACGAGUUAUGGCAGACCCAGCUAGGAUAAAGACUGAAUCCAACUCGGAGAAAUCAUUGGCUGCUAGAAAAAGCCCUAAAACCGAAGACACUGAAGAAGUGCCCGUGACCUCGGAUGCAGACACCGAAUCAAAAGAUCCCUCAUCACAAUCACUCAAACGCGAACAGGUAAGUGGCUUGUUAGAAUAACUAUAACUUAUAAAGAGUGUAUUGAAACAUUGACCCUACAACCACAUUUCAACUGAGCUCACCAUCCACAUUCAAGAUAAAUAUAGUAAACUAUUUCUUACUUCCCUACAAUAUCUUUAAUCCUCUGUUUACUUUGCAUGACCUGCUAAAGGACUCUGUGGCUGGAGAGGAUGAGGAUGAGGGAACCUCAGGUCAACCUGCUUCCAAAAAGCUUAAAGUGGAGCCUGAGAAGAAAAAGGAGAAGCGCCAAAAGGUUGACGAGGAUGAGAUACAGAAGAUGCAGUAAGAUUCAGAUACUGUACAUUCUGUGUUUGUGUGGUAACUGCACUAAGACAAUUAUUUGUUGCAAGCAUUCAUACAUUAACAUUUUUCCCUCUGGUGUUGUGCAGGGUUUUGGUCUCAUCCUUCUCUGAGGAGCAGCUUAACCGCUAUGAGAUGUACAGACGCUCUGCCUUCCCCAAAGCUGCCAUCAAGAGGGUAAGACCUUUAGGCACAUCUGUAAUUAUAUUUCAUCUGAAUCAGUUCAAUUUAAAAUAAUCAAUUUUGCUGAUGCAUGUAUGCAGUAUUUCAACGUAUACUUAUCUUUACCUGGUUGAUACAGCUGAUACAGUCCAUUACAGGAUCCUCAGUCUCUCAAAAUGUGGUUAUUGCCAUGUCUGGUAUUUCCAAGGUCUUUGCUGGAGAAAUAGUGGAGGAAGGUGAGUAAGGGACAUCAGAGUUAAUAUUGAUUAGUUGGCCAGAUUUAAGAUCUUGAUUGUUUGUCUUCUAUGUUCACCAACAAAGGCUUUGAAGCAUUUUGACUACUCUGACAUGCUUCUGUUUGGCCCUGCAGCUCUGGACGUGUGUGAGAAGUGGGGGGACACACCUCCCCUGCAGCCCAAGCACAUGAGGGAGGCUGUCAGGAGGCUGAAGAGCAGAGAGCAGAUCCCCAACACCAAGCACAAGAACAUCCUCUUCCACUGAGCCACGCAUGCCCUGCUGAUUAUAGACAGAGCCAAGCGGUGAUGUAUUCACCUUUCAGAUGGUGGCAUCUUACACUCCGCUUUAUGUUCAUUCUCUAUUCCAAUGUCCAUUGGUUUGGCCAUGAAGGCAAGCGCAGUAUACUGUUGUCAGCAAUAGCCCAACUCCACCUUUGUGUUACAUUUGAGGGCAUUUAUAUUUACAUUUUAGUCA